AUGCCACAGCUCUGGAAUUUGGCACCGGGCCCUGGGGGUCAGGUGACGCCUUCUCAGUGUCCCCUUCACUGGGUCUUUAAAGCGACUGGGCCAAGUGCAUUCCCCAGGGAGAACCUACACUCACUCAGACGGGCACAGCAUAUCGACCCAGCGGUUUUAGCCAUGCCUGAACCUGCCAAACCUGCAGCAAAGAAGAAAGAAGUGAAGAAAAAAGAAGACCCAAAGGCAGCAAAGAAAGAGGAGAAGAAAGAGGAGAAGAAAGAGGAAAAGAAAGAAGAGCCAAAAGCAGAGGUUCCGGCAGAGCAAACUCCAGAGGAGCCCAAAGAAGAGCCCUCCUCUCAGUCAGAUGGACUUUUUAUCAAGAAGCCAGAAAGCGUGCUGGUGGAGAGUGGGCAUGAUAUUACCAUCAGCAUGCAAGUGGACGGGACUCAGAUCCCUUGCAAACCCACCAUCAAAUGGUUCAAGGGAAAGUGGCUGGAGCUGGGUAUCAAGAGCGGGCUGCGAUUCCAGUUCAAGGACAGCUUUGACAAGGAGAAAAAUGUUUACAGCUAUGAGCUAAAAAUUGGCAAAGUGGUCAUUGGAGACCGAGGAGACUAUCGCUGUGAAGUGACAGCCAAGGACAAGUUUGACAGCUGCAACUUCAACAUUGAUGUGGAAGCAUCGAGGUCUGAUGAAAGUGGAAAUGUAUUGCAAGCUUUCAAAAGGACCGGAGAAGGUGGCAAAGAUGAAGUGGCUGGAGAGCUGGACUUCAGUGGGCUGCUAAAAAAGAGAGAAGGGCAGCAGAUAGAAGAGGAGAAGAAGAAGAAAAAGAAGGAUGAUGAAGAUGAUCUGGGCAUCCCGCCAGAAGUCUGGGAGCUGCUUAAGGGCGUGACCAAGAAAAGCGAGUAUGAGCGCAUUGCCUUCGAGUACGGCAUCACUGACCUGCGAGGCAUGCUCAAAAGGCUCAAGAAGGCCAAGGUGGAGAUCAAGAAAAGUGCAGCUUUCAUUAAGAAACUGGACCCUGCCUACCAAGUUGACAAGGGUCAUAAGAUCAAGAUGUGGGUGGAGUUGAGUGACCCAGAUUUGGUUAUCAAGUGGAUGAAAAAUGGACAAGUAAUCAAGCCCAGUGGCAAGUUCAUCUUUGAGAAUGUGGGCAAGAAACGCAUCUUGACUAUCACCAAGACCACACUGGCUGAUGAUGCAGCAUAUGAAUGUGUUGCUGGAGAUGAGAGAUGCUCCACGGAGGUCUUUGUCAAAGAACCACCUGUCCUAAUCAUGGGCGGUCUGGAUGAUCAGCAGGUGGUGGUUGGAGACAAAGUGGAGUUGGAAGUAGAAGUGUCUGAGGAAGGAGCCCAGCUAAUAUGGAUGAAGGAUGGCGUCGAGCUUACUCGUGAAGAGGCUUUCAAGUACCGUUUCAAGAAGGAUGGCAAAAGGCAUAUCCUCAUAAUCAACGAGGCCACCAAGGAGGAUGCUGGGCGCUACACGGUCAUUUCUAAUGGCGGCCAAUCAGAGGCAGAACUGGUGGUUGAAGACAAACAGCUGGAGGUUCUUCAGGACAUUGCUGACCUUACAGUCAAAGCCGCUGAACAAGCUGUCUUCAAGUGUGAGGUGUCGGAUGAGAAGGUGACUGGCAAAUGGUACAAGAACGGCAUCGAGGUCCGGCCCAGCAAACGCAUCACUAUUUCUCACAAGGGCAGGUACCACAAACUGGUCAUUGAUGAUGUGAGACCAGAGGAUGAGGGAGACUAUACCUUUGUUCCUGAUGGAUAUGCUAUUUCUCUGUCUGCCAAGCUCAACUUCCUGGAAAUCAAGAUUGAAUAUGUCCCCAAACAAGAGCCCCCCAAGAUCCACUUGGACUGUGGAUCAGGAAAGACAAAUGAAAACACCAUUGUGGUGGUCGCUGGGAAUAAGUUGCGCCUGGAUGUGCCCAUCACUGGCGAGCCAGCCCCUGUUGCCACCUGGAUGAAAGGUGACACGGUCUACACGGAGACAGAGGGCCGGGUUCGUAUAGAAGAGCGGAAGGAGCUGAGCAGUUUUGUGAUAGAGAGUGCUGAGCGCUCUGAUGAAGGGAGUUACACCAUCAAGGUGACCAAUCCGGUGGGUGAGGACUCAGCCUUCCUCAAUAUCAAGGUCGUGGAUGUUCCUGAUCCUCCUGAAACUGCCCACAUCACUUCAGUGGGAGAGGACUGGGCCAUUUUGGUGUGGGAACCACCAAAAUAUGAUGGUGGAAUGCCCGUUACUGGAUACCUGAUGGAGCGCAAGAAGAAGGGAAGCAUGCGCUGGAUGAAGCUGAACUUUGAAGUGUUUACUGAGACAACCUAUGAGUCCACCAAGAUGAUUGAGGGGGUACUCUACGAGAUGCGUGUUUUUGCUGUCAAUGCUAUUGGUGUGUCUCAGCCCAGCCUAAACACCAAACCUUUCAUGCCAAUUGCCCCCACUAGCGAGCCACUCCACCUCACCUUGGAGGAUGUAACAGACACCACCGCCACGUUGAAGUGGCGUGCUCCAGACCGAAUUGGCGCAGGGGGCAUUGAUGGUUACCUCAUUGAAUACUGCAAGGAAGGAACGGAUGAAUGGGUAGCUGCCAACACAGAGCUGGUUGAACGCUGUGGCUAUACUGCCAAGGAACUUCCUACUGGAGAGAAGCUGUUGUUCCGGGUCAUUGCCGUCAACAUCGCAGGCAAAAGUCUACCGGCCACUUUUGCGCAGCCUGUCACCAUCCGAGAGAUUGUCCAACAACCCAAAAUCCGUCUGCCUCGCCACCUCCGACAGACGUACAUCAGGAGAGUUGGGGAGCAAAUCAACUUGGUGAUCCCCUUCCAGGGCAAACCCCGUCCGAAAGUGUCAUGGUCGAAGGAUGGGCAGCCUCUGGACCCCAAAGAGAUCCAUGUCCGCACUUCAGACAUGGACACAAUCCUCUUCAUCCGCUCGGCUGCCCGGCAUCACUCAGGCAUCUUCGACCUCUCGGUUCAGAUUGAGAACAUGGAGGACAAGGCUGCCUUCAAGAUCCGUGUUGUGGAGAAGCCAGGUCCAGCACAUAAUGUGAUGGUGAAAGAGGUGUGGGGUUUCAAUGCCCUAGUGGAGUGGGAGCCACCCAAGGAUGAUGGGAACUCGGAGAUCACAGGCUACUCUAUCCAAAAAGCGGACAAGAAGACCAUGGAGUGGUUCACUGUAUAUGAGCACAAUCGUCUUCCGCGCUGCACGGUGUCUGAUCUCAUCAUGGGCAAUGAAUACUUCUUCCGAGUCUUCAGUGAGAACAUCUGCGGGCUCAGUGAGACCCCCGGGGUCUCCAAAAACACUGCCUACAUUCAGAAAACUGGAUUAAUCAGUAAAGAGUUCAAUUACAAGGAACACGACUUCAGCAUGGCCCCCAUUUUCCUGACACCGCUGAUAGACCGGACAGUGGUGGCUGGAUAUACCACCGCCCUGAACUGUGCUGUGAGGGGGCACCCCAAACCCAAAAUAAUCUGGAUGAAGAACAAAAUGGACAUCAGUGGAGAAGCCAAGUUCCUGCAGAAAAACAGCCAAGGGGUGCUGACCCUCAAUAUCCGCAAGCCGAGUCCUUUCGAUAGCGCCACUUACUCCUGCAAGGCCAUCAAUGAGCUGGGUGAAGCCAUUGUGGAGUGCAAGCUGGAGGUCAAAGCACCCCAGUAAUCUUCUUGCUUCAACUGCCAGGACUGGAAAAGCUAACGAUGGCCCCCUUCUUUUCUCCAGGAAUGUCCCUUCCCACCAUGUACUGAUGCUAAUGUGGGGGGAGGGGCAUCAAAGUGUAGAUCUCCUCUCCUUUGAAAAAGCCACGCAUAUCAUACUUGGAUAGAAGGAAGUACGAUAGACUGACAGCUCCCCCCCCCACCCGCACUCCACUAUCUGUCCAUGUGUCUGUCUGGUUGGUUGUUGUGUCAAUAAAACGAUCUUGAUGGGAUAAAAUGUG